CCGUCGCCGCCGCCGCCAUUGGGGUCGGCUCCUCGGCAGUGCGUCCCGUCCAGGCUUGUUGCCCUGCGCCGCGCCCCGCGAGCGGCCCGCGCGCCCAGUGGUCGCCGCCGCCGCCGCGCGGCCGGCGCCCGGGGAGGAGGCGGCGGGCCCUGGGCCGCGAGAGCGCGGGUGACAGGCCCGGCCUCGCGGGGAGGCCCGAGCCGGCGGGCGCCUCGGCCCCGCGCCUCGCCGGGCUGUUCAUGAAGCAUGUCGGCCACCAGCGUGGACCCCCAGAGAACAAAAGGACAAGAUACUAAAGUGCAAAAUGGUUCUUUGCAUCAGAAGGAUACGGUCCAUGACAAUGACUUUGAGCCCUACCUUUCUGGACAGUCAAAUCAGAGUAACAGUUACCCCUCCAUGGCGGAUCCUUACCUGUCCAGCUAUUACCCACCGUCCAUCGGAUUUCCUUACUCCCUCAACGAGGCACCCUGGUCUACCGGAGGGGACCCUCCGAUCCCAUACCUCACCACCUAUGGACAGCUCAGUAACGGAGACCAUCAUUUUAUGCAUGACGCUGUUUUUGGGCAGCCUGGGGGCCUGGGAAACAACAUCUAUCAACACAGGUUUAAUUUUUUCCCCGAAAACCCCGCCUUCUCGGCCUGGGGGACAAGUGGGUCUCAGGGGCAGCAGGCUCAGAGCUCUGCGUAUGGGAGCAGCUACACUUACCCACCAAGCUCUCUGGGUGGCACGAUUGUGGAUGGGCAGACGGGCUUUCACAGUGACACUCUCAACAAGGCCCCUGGAAUGAACAGCCUGGAGCAGGGCAUGGUGGGCCUGAAGAUCGGGGAUGUCACCACCUCUGCCGUCAAGACUGUGGGGUCAGUCGUUAGCAGUGUGGCGAUGACUGGUGUCCUUUCUGGCAAUGGUGGGACAGGCGUAAAUAUGCCAGGUUCAAAGCCGACCUCGUGGGCUGCCAUUGCCAGCAAGCCGGCAAAACCCCAGCCGAAAAUGAAAGCAAAGAGCGGACCUGUAAUCGGGGCUGCCCUGCCCCCUCCACCGAUAAAGCAUAACAUGGACAUUGGCACCUGGGACAACAAGGGGCCCAUGCCCAAGGCUCCGGCUCCCCAGCAGACUCCGGCCCCCCAGUCUGCCCCCCAGUCCCACCCGGUUGUGCAGCCUCUUCCCACUCAGCCUCCCCCUUUGGCCCAGCCACAGUAUCCGAACCCUCAGCAGCCACCCCAAACCCGCUGGGUCGCCCCUCGCAACAGAAAUGUGGCAUUUGGGCAGAGUGGAGGGACCGGCGGUGACGGUAACUCUCCUGGAAAUGCCCAGCCUAAUUCUGCCCCCACCGUGGAGUCCCACCCCGUUCUUGAGAAACUGAAAGCUGCCCACAGCUAUAACCCUAAAGAGUUUGAUUGGAAUCUUAAAAGUGGACGUGUUUUCAUCAUAAAAAGCUACUCUGAGGACGACAUCCACCGCUCCAUCAAGUACUCCAUCUGGUGCAGCACCGAGCAUGGCAACAAGCGUCUGGACGGUGCGUUCCGUGCCGCGAGCAGCAAGGGGCCGGUGUACCUGCUUUUCAGCGUCAACGGGAGCGGGCACUUCUGCGGGGUGGCGGAGAUGAGGUCGCCCGUGGACUACGGCACGAGCGCUGGGGUCUGGUCUCAGGACAAGUGGAAGGGCAAGUUCGACGUGAAGUGGAUCUUCGUCAAGGACGUGCCCAACAACCAGCUCCGGCACAUCAGGCUGGAGAACAACGACAACAAGCCGGUCACCAACUCCCGCGACACCCAGGAGGUGCCCUUAGAAAAAGCAAAGCAAGUGCUGAAAAUUAUCGCUUCCUACAAGCACACAACCUCCAUCUUUGACGACUUUUCUCACUAUGAGAAGCGCCAGGAGGAGGAGGAGGUGGUGCGCAAGGAACGGCAGAAUCGAAACAAACAAUAAGGAUGAACCGGCAUCUUCUGUGUUCUGACAUUUGACUGAAAAAGCUUAAGAACGUGUGCUUGGUGCUGUUGUCUUGUGCAGGGCCUGACUCGUUGCAUCUUUAUGCUCUUUGUCUUUUAUUUUUGCCCAGAUGGAUCUGCGUUCAUUUGUAUUUUUCUAUGUAUUAUAGUAUUACAGAGCUCACUAAUAAAGGAAUGUGUUUUGUCCGCUUAUUAGUCAGACCUAACGUGAAACACAAGCACCCUUCACGACAGAACAGAAAACCUCAUACGUCCCAAAGGUUCUCUUGUUGUUUGGCAGAAGUUAUGUUCUUACUCUGAGUCACUGUCACUUAACAUCUUUAUAGGGGACUUUCUCACCCUUUCUUACUUUCUAGCAAACACGAGAAACCAUGGCUUGUUUUGUCAUUUACUGUAUUCUGUUAAAAUACUUCUCAAAAUGCUGAAAUCAACAGGUUAAUGAUCACCUUGUUUGGCCAGUUUGCUAUUUUUAUUGCCCAUUAUCUGUCUAAAAUGCUAGUCUGUCCACUUGACUUUUCUACUAGACAGAAAGAUAGAUUUGAGUUCUUCAGAUUCGGUGAGCAUGCUGUGUUGGUGCAGAGUGUCCCUCGCGGCUCCUCGACCCCGGCGGGGCGGAUGUGGGGUGGCUGGCGGAGGCCUGGGCUCAGCGGUCAGCCGGGCUCAGCUGUGUGCGGCCAUCCUGAGCCAGCUCUUGACUUGCGAGUCCCAGUGCCGUUCUGAGUUGUUUACCCACGACGCUGAGCUUCCCUCGUAGGACCUCCAGUGCAGCUGGUGCUGGGACUGUCCUUCCACGGUGUGCGGCGGGUUUCGUUUUCCUGUCGAAGGGGUGAAAAAAAAAACAAAAACAAAAAACCUUUGAGAAACUGAGUUUGCUGUCCUGUGUUGUGGAAUGAGGGACCUUGAAGAACUCGCUGCCACCUGGAGUCUGACUCUAAGCAUGAAAAUGGUGCUCACGCCUGUCGCCCCAGCACAGUCUGCACGCGCCCGUUGUAGGGGAUCUGACUGUUUAGAGAGCAGGUACCUUCUGAAAACUAUUUACUCCAAAAGACCCUCUGAGUUCAAGUUUAAGCUGUAUUAUUUAGACUUGUAUUGAGAACGUGUCAUUCUCUGAACUGUUACCGCCUGUACGGAGUCACGGACAACAUCGGAUAACUUUUCCUCUGGAGAAUACAAGCCUUAAUAAACAAUACCUAUUUAGCAA